UUAUUAUUAUAGUGGUGAUAUUAAUUAUGAAACUAAAAUGAGUUACAUCAGUUAAAAAGGGCGCUAUUAAAUUUGAAAAUCCGGCAAAGCAUGGAUCAUCAUCAUCAUCAUCAUCCCUUAAUGGAGGCAUCUGUAUACCUCUGUUUUGAUGUCACAAAAAAUGUCCAAACAGUAGAUUGAUCAUUGGGUAAUUGUAUCGUAUAAAUAUAUGAUAAAAGUUGGAUUUAUUAUUUAAAAUCGAUAAGAUUUAGGAAGGUGGACUUUUAACAAAAUGGGCUCCUUGCCGAAUUUACACGAACUUUCACGUGACAAACAGAACCCCCAGAUAGUUCACAGGCCCUCGCCGAUUGGCGGAUUUGGCCCGAUUAAAUUACCUCCGCAACCCCCUCCACUUGCCCAGACAAACAGGAGGGUUAAGAGUAGCGGGCAUCAUCAUACUUUGUGGGAUAAUGACGUAAUGUUAGAGCAUAUGACAACAUACUCACCAAUAUCAUGCCGUUCAGCUCGCGCAUCAGCCCUCUCGUGUCGUCGCCGAGAAUCAAUGACCUCCUCAGCUACUGGUACUUCAUCAGUUCGCCGUCUUAUAGCUGCAGUAAGAGCCAGUACACCCUCAGCGUCAGGAAAUAAUAUCUACAGUACCGGUUAUUUAGGAUGUAAUAUUCAGCCACGGCCACCUAGAAAAUUAGUAAUCCGUCACUGUGCUGCCCUAUUUUUGGGACAUAUGACAAUAUCUGCGGCGACACUUCCGCUUUUACCACUUCAAGCUGGUCUGGGGGCGUUCAAUUCUCACCUUGGGCCAAUUCUUCUCGCGGUUUUGUACGCAAUAGCGACAAUUACUUCAAUGUUAUCGACAGUAGUUAUUGAAAAACUGGGGACUAACAUUGUCAUAUGUUUAAGUCAUUUUGUAACGAUACUAUUUUUAGUGACCCAUCUCUAUCCAAAGUGGUAUGUUUUAUUGGCCAGUUACGCCCUAUAUGGAAUGACAUUGAGUCCGUGGUUAUUAUCACGGACCGCACACGUCAACAUAUGCGCGAGUAAUUUAAGUGUUAUCUACGAAACAGAUCCUGAUGAUCCUGAUGACCCUGAUGAUCCCGAUGAUACGAAACGAGAAUGCAUUUUGCGAAGGCUUAAUCGGAUUCUAAAACUUGCUGAAGAUUUGGGACUGGCUGUCGGCUGCUUGAUUGCUGGACUGAUUAUCAAAGUUAUAAAUCCACUCACUAAAGCUCUUGAUUCAAGUGAUCUUGAAGACGUCGGAAGCACGUGUGGAGCGGAAUACUGUCCCCAAGAAACCUACUUCUACAAUCAGACUCUUAUUUUACCGACAAUGGCAGUUGAUACAGCAAAAGUAAUCCUUAGUGUAUACUUGGGGCUGGGAGCUCUCGCAUUUGGAAUAUCCUGUGGAUUUUUAGACUCCCGACUACGUGAGCCACAAAGUUCGCUUGACCACCAAUCGGUACGUCAGCAUUUACAGUCGUUAAAACAGAGCUUUCAGGAUCCAAAGCUCCAGCUGGCUGCACCACUUACUCUUUUUAUUGGAUUGGAGCAAGGUUUUAUCUACAGUGAUUUCACCGAAGCUUUUGUCGUUUGCGCUCUAGAUGGGGCUGGACCUGUUACUAUAAGUUUUCUUACCUUUGCACUUCUUCAGGCUCUUGCUGGAGUUACUCUGUCAAUGCUGAUGCGUCAUAUUCGUCGACAUUUUGUUGUGGCAGUAGGAUUUGCCUUCCACGCGUGUUUAUUACUCGCUUUAGUAACCUGGCGCCCAGCGGGUGACGAUCCAGCAUUAUUCAAUGUGAUAUCAGCUGCUUGGGGAGUCUGCAACGCCAUCUGGGAGACACUAAUCCUAACCCUUUUACUAGGGUUGUACCCAUCAAGCUGGCAAGCUCCCUUAUCAACCUCGAUAUUCUGGAAGUACCUUGGGCUGUUCCUGGCACUGGGCCUCCACGGAGUGGUCUGUACCCGACUGAGGGUUCUCGGGCUCGGAACGUCAUUGAUCCUCGCAGUGGUGCCUUACAUUUGGCUGGAACUUCGUCUGGCCAGAAGAGGAAAAUGCCUGGUAACGACAUCCUCCUCCUGACUAGCGUCGGCGUCAUCGACAGCUGGAGUCUCCACUGUCGAUCACUUGUACCACCUUCAACACCAUGGUCUGCAGCAGACUCAACCCGGAUCGAGUGACAAAUUAAUAACCGGUGAGAGCAGAAGAAAAAUAUCCCACGGUGAAUGAGAGAGAUUUGUUCCGUCUAGCUCGCUGAUAUCAGCUGCCGGUAAUGCAGUUGUUGGGUCAUCUUCAUUGUCAUCAACCGCCUCGACGAGUCGCCAUCGUCAGUUCCCCUCAGUACCCUCAGUACCUUCAUCCAGGCGCUGCUCUGUCAGGCCCAAUUGUACCAAUAAUGUUGCCACUACCGGCAAUCUUAACACUAAUAAUAAUAAUAAUAAUAAUAAUAAUGAUGAUGAUGAUGAUGAUGAUGAAAACAAUUUGACCAUGACGAGCUUUAAUCAGAAUUGUAGGAAAAAUUCAGGGGAAAUUAAUAUCCCGGGUAAUGUUUUUGUUACUUACUCAAGAAACUCGCCUGCACGCGGUGAUGGUGGUGAUCAAUUGGGGAUUUAAUUGAUUUAAAAUAUUAUUAAAUCGAAAAAUCGACAUUUGACAUUUCAAAUCGCAAAAUAAAAUAUAGAGCUGGAUGGAACAACGCUGUAAAUUUGUAAAUUAUUUAAUUUUUUACUAAAAUUUUAUCAU